AUUUGCUUCUCUUUCAUCUUUGAAACCCAAAAUAUACAAAGAGACCAUCAAUACAUACCCAUCCAUUUGUCCUCAGAAACCUGUUUUUUACCGAAAUUUGACUAGUAUUAGUAUUUUUCAUAAAUAUGGGUCUUGUUUCUCGGUACUCCUUGUUUUUUAUACUAUCUCUUCUUCUCAGUCCAGAUUCUAGCUUUGCUAAAAAAGCUCCAACAGAAGCAAUCUUACCUAAAAAGGUUUUACAUCUUCAAGAUGACCAGAUAUUCUCAUCUACAGCUUUCACAGCCCAGCUAGAUGACAUUCCAAUUGUUCAACCAACUACUCCAACGGGAACACCAAACACGUUUUCCCCCACCCCAUUUCCGCCAAGCACCACCACUCCCACCGGGGAUCCCACAACCCAACCAUCACCAUCUGGUUUUCAGCCAAACACCCCUACCCCAUUCCCAAGUGGGCCGUCAGGCCCAACAGGCCCAUCAAUGCCAAUGGGCCCAUCUGUUCCAAUGAACCCUUCAGGUCCAACUGGGCAAUCAGGUCCAACCGGUCCUUCGGGUCCAUCGUCGUCCGGUGGAUCAUGGUGCAUUGCAAGCCCAUCUGCUUCUGAAACUUCCCUACAAGUGGCUCUUGACUAUGCGUGUGGCUAUGGAGGAGCGGACUGUUCGGCGAUUCAACCAGGUGCAACCUGUUACAACCCAAACACGGUCCGGGACCAUGCUUCGUAUGCUUUCAAUGCAUACUACCAAAAGAACCCUGCACCAACUAGCUGCUCUUUUGGAGGAGUCGCACAACUUACCACCACAGAUCCAAGUUCAGGAAGCUGUCAUUUUGCAGCAUCCAGGUCAUCGGGCAUGACUCCGCCAACACCUCCAAUGCCAUCUGCACCCACUACCCCCACAAUAAGUUCACCGAUUAAUCCUUAUCCGACCUCACCUAGUGUACCGGGAGGUUUCUCGGAUCAACCGGGCUAUACGUCGUCAGAACCAACAGGAGAACCAAGCUCAGCAGACUCCAUUACCUCCAACUUACUGCUGUCAUUUAUUAUAACUAGUCUACUGGUGUUUCUAAACAGAGUAAAAUGAGGUUUAAGAAACAAGAUGAGAAUUCAAUGGUUCACCUCUUUGACUUUACAGAGGGAUUAGUCAAAUGCCGAAUGGAAGCGUCCCUAUUCUUAGACUAAGAUCAUUGCCAUACUUCAUGUCUAUGUAUGGCUUUUUAGUUUAGUAAAAACAAAACAAAGAAAAUUAUUAGAUAAAAGAAAGCAACUACUUUAUUGGGUUAUCUACCAAGUACUUCUUGCAUUUAUUAGCGGAAUAAACUUCUUAGACAAGCUUGUAUUUAGAAUUGUAUUAGAAAAUACACAUAGAAUAAUAACAUUUA